UCAAAGAAGAUACUCUACUCAUGAGAAAAGAUGAUUUUGUUUUGUUCAUGGUAGAGAUUAUUAAUUGUACUGCUCAAGUCGAAAGGAAGACGGAAAAAAUUAAAAUAAUUGUAAAAGCAGCGCAGAAGUACCUCGGUUUUAAAAAUACUAGCUGGGAAUUAGUGGAAGAGAGAUUAAAUGAGUCAAUUUUCAUGUCAACCUCAAACAUGGAGUGGUGUACCGUCUGUCUCAUGAUAAUUAUUCUCCAGUGGAAUGCGAGAAGUCUCAUCAGCAAUGGUCUAGAGUUUAAGAAGUACAUCUCUGAUUUGGGAGAUAGGCCCCAUAUAAUAUGUAUUCAGGAGACAUGGCUCAAACCUCAGUUAGAUUUUAUUAUUCAAGGUUACACAGCAAUAAGAAAUGAUAGGAAGGAUAGACAAGGUGGGGGAGUAGCAACAUUUGUUCAAGAUGGUUUGAGGUACAAAGUUGAAAAUAUGGGACAGGAGUAUGAAUCAGUAGUUGUUAAAAUCUGGAUGGGUAAUGAUCAAGUUUCAGUGGUUAAUUUUUAUAAUCCUAAUAAGAGGUUGAGUAUUGAGGACCUAGGUGCUGUAAGUGGACAGAUUCAAGGAAAGAUAGUAUGGUGCGGUGAUUUUAAUUCUUAUAAUGUAUUAUGGGGAAGCCUGAAUACAGAUGCAAAUGGUGUGAUUAUUGAGGAGUUCCUUGAAUUGAAUUCGCUUGUUUGUGUUAAUGAUGGUAGAGGUACAAGAUAUGAUUGCUGUAGAAACACAGAGAGUUAUUUGGAUUUAACAUUUAUAUCGAGUGGAAUGGCAGGUAUUACAUCAUGGGAGGUGUUAAGUGACUUACCUAUGGGUAGUGAUCACUUCCCCAUAAUUAUAACAGUUGGAAUUGAUGUAAUUAAAGAAGAUGAAGUGCGGGUACCGAGAUGGAGGUUAGAUAAAGCCAACUGGGAAUUAUUUCAAGUUUUAGCUGAGAGCAAGUGUGAUGAAUUAUAUGAAAGAUGUUUGAAUGAUGUGGAGUUACUUAACUCUGAAUUUGUGUCUAAUAUUCUUCAGGUGGCUGAGAUCUCAAUUCCAAAGACUGGUGGAAGAGGAAUUAAAAAGUCUGUACCAUGGUGGAAUGAGCAGUGUAGCGCUGCAAUAAAAGAGAGAAAUGGCGGUAAAUGCACCUUAAGUUGGUUUGCCAACCGCCAGUUAAACUCUAAAAGAAGAAGAAGAACCGCAGUAAGAAUAUUUCAUCAAGCACGGUGAGUAAUGGCUUCUCCUACAAUUGUUAU